CGGGCUGGCGGGUCGCGAGCGGCCGGUGCGAGCCGGCUGAGGAGCGGAGCGCGACUACCGGGCCGGGCGAGGCGCGAGGAGAGCGGGGAGCUAGGGCGCCGCCGCCCCCGCCCCCGACCGCACAAAGGGCCGGGGCUGGGGCCGCGGCCGCCGCCGCCUGAGCGCGCGGGCCUGGAACCGGCGUCCGGCGGAGAGUGCUGCGCGGGCGGCCAUGGCCGGCUACGUGCCGGGUCAGCAGCCGGCCAACCGCAGCCAGGAGAAGGAGUUCGUGCAGGCUUACGAGGAUGUGCUGGAGCGCUACAAAGAUGAACGGGACCGCGUUCAGAAGAAGACGUUCACCAAGUGGGUCAACAAGCACCUGAUGAAGGUCCGCAAGCAUAUCAAUGACCUUUAUGAAGAUCUGCGGGAUGGCCACAACCUGAUCUCUCUGCUAGAGGUCCUCUCUGGCAUCAAACUGGAGCCAGCAGGGCUGAAGACCCUCCGUCUGGUGAGCAUGCCCUCCUGGCGCCAUGCAAACAGCGAGGAGCCGGAGGAGGAAGAUGAUGAUGACGUAGUAGGUCCUCCUGGGGAUGCCAGCAACCCAGUUGGCACUGCAAGGGCCAGCAGAGGGCCUGAGGUUCUCGAGGUGAAACUAGUGAAUAUUCGCAAUGAUGACAUCACAGAUGGCAACCCCAAGCUGACCCUGGGCCUGAUCUGGACCAUUAUUUUGCACUUCCAGCCUAGUCAAGAAAAAGAGGAAAUUAGGACUGUGGUGGUGGUGGUACGACUCAUACCCUAUAGCUCUGGUAAUAAAUGGGAAGAAAAGGGAUUUACCACAGACCAGCUCUGA